GCUGGCAGCCGUCAGCUAGCCCGAGCUUUUCCAUUCCCAGCUGACAGAGCCGAGUGGUCGGCUCCGUAUUUAUUGGGACGGGGGUUCCCUUCCCCUUCCGUCCUCGCAAGCCAUCCGGACGAUCCCCGAUCCCCGAGCACACUCGACGUCGACUCCUCGACUCCCAACUCCCAAGUCCAUGGAAGCUGCGGCGGCGAAGCCCGUCCUCCGCGUGGCCGCCAUCUGCGGCUCCCUCCGCAAGACCUCCUUCAACCGCGGCCUCCUCCGCGCCGCCGCGGAGGUGUGCGAGGACUCCAUCCCGGGGCUGCGCGUCGACCAGCUCGACAUCUCCGACCUCCCCAUCAUCAACACCGACCUCGAGACCGACGGCGGCUUCCCGCCCGCAGUCGAGGCCUUCCGCGCCAAGGUCUGCCAGGCCGACUGCUUCCUCUUCGGCGCGCCCGAGUACAACUACUCCAUCGCAACCCCCCUGAAGAAUGCACUUGACUGGGCAUCUAGAGGAAAGAACUGUUGGGCAGACAAACCUGCUGCGAUUGUCAGUGCAGGAGGUGGCUUUGGAGGAGGGAGAUCACAGUACCAUCUCCGUCAGGUUGGGGUAUUCUUGGACCUUCAUUUCAUCAACAAGCCAGAACUGUGCGUCCAAGCAUUUCAGCAGCCACCAAAGUUUGACAAUGAUGGAAAUCUGAUUGACGAUCAAAUCAGGGAGAGGCUGAAGCAAGUGCUCUUAUCCCUUCAAGCCUUCACACUCAGGCUCCAGAAGGACUGAAUCAACUCAGGACCCUUGCAGUCUGUGCUUCCCUUAAGAAGUGUUUAUGACUUCAGUGUAUCACAUACCAUGCUUGGGAUUGGGACCUGUAAUGCAUUGUGGACAGCCUGAAAAUUGUAAUAAACCCCUGGAGAAAUAUUCUCCUUUUAUGCAGAUUAUUGAAGAUUGGACCACAUCUGAACAUUCUAAAUAUUGUGUUUACCUUUCCCAGAGACUUGACA